AUGGCUGUUAUUAUAGGAACUAUGGAAGAUUGGAAUGAGAAACUCAUUGAAGCUGCUAAAAAUGGAAGAGUAGAAGAAUUGAAGCUCUGCCUAGCAAAUGGAGCAAACAUUGAUUUUAAAGUUAAUGGAUGGACAGCAUUAAUGUUGUCUGCCAUUAUAGGACAUGUGGAAGUGUGUCGACUUCUCCUGGAGAACAAAUGUGACAAAGAUAUCACAGAUGAGGAUGGAUGGACAGCAUUAAUGUUGGCUGCCUGGAAAGGAUAUGUGGAAGUGUGUCGACUUCUCCUGGAGAACAGAUGUAACAAAGAUAUCACAUCAGGUACUGGAUGGACAGCAUUAAUGUUGGCUGCCAGUAGAGGACAUGUGGAAGUGUGUCGACUUCUCCUGGAGAACAGAUGUAAUAAAGAUAUCACAUCAAUAGAUGGAGAAACAGCUUUACAUCUGGCUGCUAAGUGUGGACAUCUACAGACCACAAUAUGUCUGGUAGAACAAGGAGGCAUCAGUCCCUUGGUUAAAACACAUGAGGACAGUACAGAGCAUGAACAAGGUUGUGGCAGUAGCCCAACAUCAUGUAUCAGCAAAAACUGA